AUGGCGACCGAGUUGACCGUCCAGUCGGAGCGUGCUUUCCAGAAGCAGCCUCACAUCUUCCAGAACUCGAAGACCAAGACCAAGAGCACCCGACCGGGCAAGGGUGGCCGACGAUGGUACAAGGACGUCGGUCUGGGUUUCCGAACCCCCAAGACCGCCAUUGAGGGCAGCUACAUCGACAAGAAGUGCCCUUUCACCGGUCUCGUCUCUAUCCGUGGCCGUAUCUUGACCGGUACCGUCGUUUCCACCAAGAUGCACCGCACCAUCAUCAUCCGCCGAGAGUACUUGCAUUUCAUCCCCAAGUACUCCCGUUACGAGAAGCGACACAAGAACGUUGCCGCUCACGUCUCCCCCGCUUUCCGUGUUCAGGAGGGUGACCAGGUCACCGUUGGCCAGUGCCGACCCCUCAGCAAGACCGUCCGCUUCAACGUCCUGCGUGUCCUGCCCCGAACUGGCACGUCCGUUAAGAAGUUCUCCAAGUUUUAA